AUGGCGGUGGUCGAGAAUGGGAAACCCAUAGAGAGCGUCAAGGAUAGACCCAAUGGCCAUGUCACCGGCCAUAUUGCACGACGCAGCCCGGCUCGUCGCCAGGGCUGGACCUUCUGGACUUUCAACAAUCUCGCCAGGCUGACCAUAUGGUAUGCCCUUGUGACCAUCAUAUUCCGAUGUCCUUCUACACCCAAAGAUCUCACCGACACCACUCCCCAAAUCUGCCGAUCCUACUUGACCGCAAAGACAUACGUCCAACCUCAGCUACAGCCGUACUAUGAUCAAUAUGCAGCUCCCUAUGUCAUCAGAGCCCAGCCGUAUGCAGAGCUAGUUAAUAGACGGGUAGUUGGACCUGCGUCUGUCCUUGCCAGGCGGAAUUAUGAUAAGUAUGCUGCUCCACAAAUUGAUGCGGCAAAAGUCUACUCUCAAGCUCAGUGGGAGAAGUCAGUCGUGCCACAAAUCAACGUGACUCGAGAGAAUGCUGCCAAACUAUACGAUACGAAUGUGGCUCCCCAUGUGGACAAGGUCACUACCUUGAUCGGUCCCUAUUACAUCACAACUCGAGAUUCGGUUCACAAGAUUUAUCAAGAGCAGAUACUUCCUGGCGUAAAAUAUGCGCGGCCUCACCUGCAGAAUGUCUACAACUCUACCCAGGAAUUUGUGUCCAACACCGCAUAUCCGUUGUCACGACAUGCUUGGUCUGAGCUGGUCAUCUUCGUGGAUGGAACAUUGUGGCCUUUUCUCAAGGGCCUGUACAUUGACAAUGUCCGACCUCAGCUUGUCAUGAUUAAUGAGAGGAUUGCCAAAUACCAGGAGAGCCGAAAACUGAAGGCUGCAAUGGACGAAGUUGAUCAUUCACGAUCGGCCCAUGCUCCCACAACAUCCACAACUCCAAGUGCAACGGCGGCCAUAGACGACAUAUACGCACUGUUUGAAUCCGAUGAUGAGCCGGUUUCUUCAACGACGGCAGUCGAAGAAGCUCAAACACCCAUUCAACAGCCUGUCAGACCGCCGCCUGAGAUCGCAACAGAAGAAAAGAUUACUGAAGACCUCAGAGACUGGCAAAAGAAAUUUGCUGUAGCAGCCGACAAAGGAAGUGACGAUCUUCGUGACAGGGUUGCUUCAAUAGUCGGCAGCCUUGUCAAGAGCGAUAUUGACGGACUCGGUCGAAGAUUGCAGAAUGCAUUGGAAAAGACCGUGGAGAACGAGUUGAGUAACGUCAAGACGAAAACCAAGUCUACUAUAGCGUCCAUCCCCGAAGAUGCAAGUGCUGAAGAGGUGAAAAAGGCGGCGGAGGAUAUUCUAGCCACAAUCAGAGCAUCGGGCGUCAACAUCAAGGAGCAUUCAAAAAAUGUGCGGGACUGGUCGCAGACUUUCGAAAGGGGUCUGAUACAGCGCCUGGCGGCUGCAUCUGCCUCGACUUUGGAAGUCCUAGACGGCAUCAAGGACCUUGGGCUCCAGGAGGUGGGCAUGCGUUGGGCAUGGAUGGAAGGAGUUACAUACAAGCACUGGGAGAAGUUCCAUGAGGUUCGAAAACAACUCGACGCAUGGAAAGAUGAGGUUCGCAACGUUGCCCUGGAACAUCCACAUACGCAGCAAGCCAUCGCUACCGCUCGACAAAUCAUGGAAGAAAGUAUGGCUGUCACCGAGGAUGCUGCGAAAGAGUUGGUCAGACUUAAAAGUGUUGCGCAGUGGAAGCUAAAAGCUCGCGAUGCAACGGACGACUUCGAGACAAGAAGCCUUCCCGCAGAAGCUGCGAAUGCCGCCUCAAGUCUAGCAGCUGAGCUUCAGGGCGCAUCCGCCCAUGGCGUCGGUUCUGUGCCGUCUGUCUUGUCUCAGGCAGGUGAUGCUGCUGAAGGUGCAAUCUCCUCUGCCUCCUCCGUGUUCAGAGGCAGCAGUACUGGCAGUGUCGAAUCAGCAUCUUCAAGAGCUAGUCAAGUGGGAGACGAGGCCUUUUCGCAGGCGUCCUCGGCUGCAGGAAUCUUAUCACCAAAUUCCGUGAAGUCAGUGGCAUCCCAGGUGUCUGAGUCUGCGUCUUCGGUGGUUGGAACUGGUACCGGUUCUGCUGAGACCAUCCUCCCUGAGGCAGCAGCAUCCGGUUCGAGGGUAGCCGAGCAAGUCCUGGAUUCGGCCAGCUCCGUGACUGGGCUUGUCGGCGCUUCUGUCUCCUCGUUCGUUGAAAAUAUUGCUUCCCCAUCGGUCCCCGUGGCUUCCUCGGUCGGCUCCGGAGCAGAAGCAGCAGCCAGUUCUGCUUCGUCCGCUGCAGGCUCAGGCGCAAGUCAGUUGUCAUCGAAGGUCUUUUCUGGGGCCAUGGCACAGAAAGUCAAAGGAUCCGUUCCUAUUUUGGAUGAUGUAUUUGAUGACAACGAGGAUUCCACCUUCUCCGAGAAGGUUCAGGAUAUCGUCAACAAUGCUGGGGACCGAUAUGCAGAAGUUACCCGAGCCGUGUCUGAAGCAAUGUUUGGGACAACUCAGGGCACAGUGGAGAGUAUGAGUUCGGUGGCAAGCGAACAGUACGCCAGUGCUCUCUCUGCUGCAUCAAGUGUGUUGUAUGGCCCUUCCCAAGGAACCGCAGAGAGCAUUGCCAGUGUUGCCUCUGAUAAGUAUGGUCAGGCAGUGGCGGCUGCAAGUUCCGCCAUUUUUGGCACGCCAACUCCAGUCACCGAAUCGCUACUUCUGCAAGCCAGCUCACUGUAUAGCGACGCCAUCAGCCGAGCAAAAGACCAUUACAUUGCGGCGAAGUCAGUUGCCUCGCAACAGAUAUCAGGGACGCCAAAGCCAGUCCACGAGCAGAUGUUUUCCUCCAUCGAGUCAGCGUACUCCGGCGCCGUGGAAGCAGCUAGCAACAGACUGGAAUCUGCUCGCAGCGCCGCUUCCGACCAAUAUUCUUCGUUGAGUAAGGGAGCCUCGAGCGCAGUGCCGACCACGAACCCCCUUGUCUCUGUGUCCUCGUUAGCAUCCUCGGUGCUGCAGGAUUCGUUGGCUGCUGCAUCGUCACAGUAUUCCAAGGCUAAGAUCGCCAUCGGUGCGACCCCAGCUCCUGCUCAUCAGCGGUAUCUUCAGGAAGCACGAAAGAAUUAUUAUGCUGCUGUCGGCUUGGCCCAUGAGCAGUACGAUGACUUUAUCAAGGUUGCAUCUAGCGCCAUCUACGGCACGCCCACUCCUGUGUUGAGCAGCAUUUCCAGUGGAGCAUCAGUUGCGAUAUAUGGAACCCCCGUUCCAGCUCAUCAAAGCCUUAUUGACGCUGCUGCUUCUCGGUACUCGGCCGCUACCUCUGCAGCGGCUGCUAGUCUCGAGGCCUAUAGAUCAUCAUUUAGUUUGGCAGCUACUCCAGCGCAGGGUUUGCUGGAUGAAGCAGUUGCAGCAUAUUCCAAUGCUCUCGAAGCUGCCUCGUCCUCGCUGUCAUCUGCCUCAUUUGCUGCGAGCAGCGCAGUCUACGGCACUCCAGUCCCCUUCUACAAGAGCGCGCUUGAUGAAGCCUCCUCGCACUAUGAUUCGGCUACCUCUGCCGCAGCCGCUCACAUGUCAGUCAUGCUCGAAUCAGCAUCUUCGGCGUUAGGCAAGCAUGAAGAAUCACCAGCACAGAGCGUCCUCAACGAGAUCUCGUCUCAGUACUACGGCGCCGUCCAGGCCGCUUCUUCUUCGCUCUCUGCUGCCAGUAAUGCUGCAAGUACCGCUAUUUAUGGCACGCCAACUGGUUCCAUCGAGUCCUUGUCAAGUGUGGCCUCCCAAAAUUGGGAAGCUCUGGUGUCCAAAGCCAGCGAGCAAAUCUAUGGUUCACCUCAGCCGUUCUACGACCAGUUGGCCACCCAGGCAGGUGAAUACUCUGCCCAAAUCACUGACUAUGCAAACGACAAAUAUGUUAUUGUCCAAUCAUUCGUAUCUGAACUCGUUGUUGGCAAAGAGCCCGACUUCACCGAGUCGGUUAUGAGCAGGCUCAGCUCUUCAUAUUACGAUGGCUACGCUUCGGCGGCAAGCCUCGCCAGUGAUGCCUACGACUCCGCCUCGUCCGUGGCGUCGUCUGUCUCUUCCGUUGCAUCUGACUACUUUACCCCGCCCCCUCAAGUUUCAUCGGUCCUUGACUCUGUAAACAGCCAGCUCAACUCACUCGUCGACGCGGCAAGCGUGCAGGUCUAUGGUACCACGAAGGGGACAGUCGAACAGGCGACAUCUGCUGUUGCCGAUUCGUACUCGUCAGUCAGCGCCGGCAUCAGUGAAGCCAUCUACGGAACGCCGGCCGGAUACGGAGAAGCGGUGCAAUCAUCUGUGGCUGACGUGGCAAAGAGUGCACAGGAUGCUCUUUCCAUUGCGAUCUAUGGCACACCGACCGGAACAGUCGAGUAUGUUACAAGUGUUGUUGACGACUCUUACUCGUCAGUCUCGUCAGCAGUUGCGGACAAUGUGUCGGCUGCUGCUUCUGCGGUUGGCGAUCUUCCUGGUGAGGCGGCGAGUAUAGCGGAGAGUGUGAGAGCAAGGGUGUCUGAGGCUAUCUACGGCCCCGAACAGGGUGCUCUUGAAAGUGCCCAAUCAAGGGUCGCCGAAGCUGUGGAAAGCGCCCGCAGCGCCAUUGCCGCCAUGGCAAGUGGCGUAGGCGAGAGUGGCUCCCAAGCUGCAGAGGCGAUCGGCAGUUCUGUGGAGGUGAUAGCAAGUGCGGUCAGCAGCUCCGUCAGCAAUGCUACCAAGUACGUCAAGGACGAAUUGUGA